AUGAAGUUUUUUUGCUUUCAUAACAAGAAAAAGUCAAAAAAAGCAAAAACUAAAGAUGUGGCUCCUCCGCCCGUCUCCGAAGUAACAACAGUACCAGUAACGACAAUCAACACUACGCCUACUCUCGUCGCUCUAACUGAAUCAGAGAAACAAAAUCUUACGAAAGAAUAUUCGAAACGGUUUACCAAAUUAGAUCUUCCGGAAGAACGCUUGAAACGUUAUGUUGACGAAGUCCAGGAGGACUAUCUCGAAAAGGGAGAGAGAAACAAAGCUGCUGCAUUACGUGAAAAUGCCAUAUCCAAGACACUCAGUAAAAUCAAACGCUCGAUGGAAGUCGAUUUUUGCUUUGUCUUGGACUGCACUGACUCUAUGUUGGGACAUAUUGCUGCGGCUAAAGAUUGCAUCAUGCAAGUGGUAAACUACGUCAAGAUGACCAACCCUUGUAUUAAACUUUCUAUCGGCUUUGUCGGCUAUCGUGAUUUUUGCGAUGGAAAUAAACGUCUGGAGAUUUUCAAUUUUACCAAUUCAUACGAAAGCUUCAAAGCUAAAUUGGCUGCCGUUCCAGCGACCGGUGGUGGUGACGCAGCAGAAGACGUCCUCGGUGGUCUAAAUGCAGCCAUAACUCGAAUGAAUUGGCGACAGGGUACUCGCAUUCUUCUUCACCUUGGCGAUUAUCCGCCACAUGGUAAACAGUAUAAUAAGCACAUUCACAAUGCGGCCGAGAACCGCAAUUACGACAGUCAUCCAAAGGGCGAUCCAAACGGCCUGACAGCAGAGAGCGUCCUCGGUGAGAUGCAGAAGGAAAACAUUUUGUAUUUCUUUGGCAAAAUAACAGACGAAACAGACCUGAUGGUUCAGAUCUUCCAGAAAGUAAUGGGAGAGUUUCCGGUAUUCGAUCUUGUUGGCGGAGAUCCGAUUGCGCUGGUCGAUAAACUAUACAAAGCCGCCUGUUCGGCGAUUACCACCUCGAUCACGCUGACUAGCAGUAUAGGAAGCGAUACCACCAAGACUAUAUAUUCUUUGCGGCAGAAAAAACUCGAAAUGAACCCGAACGAACCUGAUUGGAGUACAUCCUCAUCGUAUUCUGGAGUGAUUUUGUGGUACCGUAUACCUAAAACCCUGAACCAGCUAAAGGAUCCCGAGUAUUUCAACAAAUCGAAUCUCUUUUCCCGAAAUUACAACUUUAAAAUAUCCAAAGACCCGUUUUCCGCUGGUGCCGAGAGAUACGCAUACUUUGGUCUUCAAACCGACAAGGAACCACAUCGAAAAGUGGUGAUGAAGGAAUACCUUAGUAUCGGUCAAACCAAUCCCAUUGAAAAAUAUCUCGAGGCGGUAGAAGUGUCUACUGUCGCUUAUUACCUGUCUGCCAAAUUUAAUUUGGCGACGAAACGAAUGGACGUUAAACGGGUAUAUUUCCUUGAUGCAGAGCUUUUACGUUGUACCAUUGAUUUCAAGACGCAGUACUAUACGGUAGAGCCAAGACUUGCAGGCGCACAAUUUAAGCGAUUCAAUGUAAAUAGUGGCGUCAUUGUGGAACAUCGUCCUACGCUAGAAGCAUUCGCUCACUUUACAUACGAGCAUACUAAGAAAUAUUUAGUAGUUUAUGACCUGCAAGGAAUUGAACUUUCCGAUCGGUUCUUCCUAACAGAUCCAGCAAUACAUUGUGUUGACCCAUUGAGAUUCGGAAAGACAAACCUUGGUCAUAAAGGAAUCAAUGACUGUUUUAUGGCAAACCAUAAAUGUAACGAGGUCUGUAAUAUGUUAGGAUUGAGCAAGUAA